CGGGCUAGCUAGUUGCCUUAGCUUAUUCCAAAACCAAUAUAUAUAAUAUAAUGGUAUCACAAGAGAAGCCGUCCCCAAUAUGCCGUUUUGUCCUUUAUUGUGUAUAGACAGAUACUAUCUGCAAAUUAAAUCUACAUCUUUUGCUCAAUUCUCAAGCUCCCAUCCCAUCCUCUCAUCUCCAUGGAUGCAAAGCUUGUUCAACGCUUUGAAACGCCAACAAUUAUUGUUCAUCGCCAUCACAGGACCACAACCAAACGCCAUCAUCUGCCAUUGCUAAUUCGCGCCGUAGUAGCAAAGCCAGCAGACAAUAAUAAUAAUAAUAGUAAUACUAAAACAACGUUGUCGUCUUCAUCGUCGAAUGUUUACCAUGAUACCUGGUUUGAUCGGCUGGCCAUCAACCAUCUCUCCCACUGCGUAAAAGCUGUAACUGGAGUGAGAAGUAGCAAGAGUGGGUAUGAUGGGUUGGUGGAAAUAACAAGAGCAGUUUUCCAUAAUUUCGAUUCAACCCAACAGCAAAGCCUUAUAAUCCAAGCUCUUCACAAAGCAAUACCAAACCCCAUUCUUAUGCUUAUGAAUAUGGUACUUCCACAAUCAAGAAUUGGCAGAGAAUAUUGUGCCGCCUUCACUACAAUUUUCUUUGCUUGGCUAGUAGGUCCCUGCCAGGUGAAGGAGGCAGAAUUUAAUGGAAGAAGAGAGAAGAACGUCGUCCACAUACAGAAAUGCAGGUUCUUAGAGGAGACCAAUUGCGUUGGAAUGUGUACCAACCUAUGCAAGAUGCCAUCUCAAACAUUCAUCAAGAAUUCUAUGGGAAUGCCUGUCAAUAUGGUCCCCAAUUUUGAAAAUAUGAGCUGUGAGAUGAUAUUUGGGCAGGAUCCUCCCUCAACAUCUCAUGAUCCAGCAAUGAUGCAGCCAUGCUACAAAUUAUGUAACUCAAAGAAAAAGCACCACAACAAUUGCAUCACCUAAUAACUUUCACAUAUAUGGAACAUCAUAUCUUCAGCUCACUCACAGAUUGAAAUUUUUUGUGAGACUAAUGUAAAAGUGAACUAUUCUUUAGAUAGAUUUUGUACACAAAACGCACUCCAUAUA